ACAUUUAAUUAUUAAUCAAUUUGGCAUAUACUCAUAUUUUCAAUUCACUUUUGUAUACAUCGAUUUUUUGUUGCAAUGUCCUCCACAACAUUUUCCAAAUCUCGCAAGUUCACGGUUCAAAAGCUUACCACGGAGAAAGAGUUUUUGAGAUUAAAUCUAAAGUCCGUCAAAGAAAUUAAAAAUGAAACUAUCAAAAGCAUCGAAAAUAUUAAGCAAGCAUUUAUUAAAGAUCAUUUGAGUAAAAAAAUUCAUGAACAGUACGUGGCUGGAACGGGGUUGCCAGUAGUUUUGAAAGAAGUCAUAGUGGAAGAGCUGGAUAGGAUAUUAGCCUUAUACAAAACAAAUGUGAUAACAUUUGCAACGACUUGAAGCAACUCAGAAAUAACAUGGAAGAACGCCUAAUUCUCGUGAAUAAAACUGAUUUUAUAAUGAACAUUUUAAACUACAAACUAUACGAAGUUCAGUACGACUUUUCUACUCGGAUCAAAAAGCUAAAAGACAUAAAGAAGCAGUUAGAAAAUACGGAAAUCACGUCUGGAAAUGAGUCAAAAAUAGCGUUGAACUUUGUAGAAAACGAUAAGGAAAUAACCGAAUGUGAGCAGAGUCACGAACAACAACAUAAAAGCGUUAGGCAGCAAAUGCUGGAAGCCCAAGAAUGUUACGAAAAAUCAGCAAAUGUUCUAGACGACUGUCUGGAAGUCUUGAAAAAAAACUUUACAAAUCUCAUCCUGCUACUAGAAGCCCAUAAGCGAUUUACAGGAAACUCAAACCUAGAAGAGACUAUAGAACUUGACGAACUCAAAGAAAUGUUGGACGGUUGUACACUAUUGGCGUCAACAGGUUGGAGAACGCCUGCUCAAGACCUAACAGAUUUCACUGAAAGUCAGAAACUCAUAUUUACAGAAGAGGGACUUUUGGUAACACACGCAGGAAGGGAAGUAACGUAUGACGAAGCUGUAGAAAUAAAGCUUUUAGAUAAUUUGAAAUUGGUGGAUUUGUUUCAAAGAAAGAAACCUAAAGAGGAAUCAGGGAUGUAAGAUCGGUACAAGGUUCAGAAGAAAGCACAGAGUCUACUGAAAGCAGAAUGUCGUCUCAAGAUGUAAGUUAUCUAAAGGAACACUUAGGAACACCGCUAACAUUGGCACUUGCAGAAAUAACUGCCAUCCAACCCCGAGAUCCAAUCCACUAUCUCGGUCACUGGCUGUUCAAAUAUCGGUACAACGAAGAAGUAGCUACGAUUAAACAUAUUGAAAUUAGUCAGUUGACAGAAGAAAGAGAAAGGCUGGCAAAAAUAAGAUGGACUCCCGGCCGUUCAUCAACGACUACAAAAGUAUUUGUAGGAAGUUUGCCUCCUGACGCCACACCAGACGAUUUAAAGAAACUUUUCGAGCCCUACGGGAAUAUUGCAGAAUGCGAUAUCGCAAACAAAUGUGGAUUUCUCCACUUAGAAGAUGCCGAAUUAGCAAUGAAGGCUAUUGAUGAACUAAAUGGCGUGGAAUUCAUGGGUUCCAAAAUUUCAGUUGAAAAGGGGCGAGUUAAGCCGCGAAGAAGUGGUGGUGGACCCAGAGGUGGAAGAGAACGAGGAGGCCCAUAUUCAAGAGGAGGAGGAGACUUCAGAGGUAGAAAUGGAGGUUAUGGUGGUGGACGUGAUGGUGGACCAUACAGAGGAGGUGGUGGCUUUGACAGGGGUGGUAGAAGCGGCGGCUAUGGAGGUGGAGAUAGAGGAUAUGAUGAUAGACGUGGUGGCAGACCAGCAUACGAUGAUAGAAGAGCAGAACCUGCAGGAUUUGAUAGUUAUGAUGAUAGACGAGGAGGAUAUGAAAGAGAUCCUUAUGCUGCUGGUUAUGGAGAUCACUCAGCAGGUUACGAAAGACAAGGAGCUUAUGACAACAGAGGAGGUUAUGAAGACAGACGCGGGGCUGCUGGUGCAUACGAUCAAAGAUCUGCUCAACCAGAUGGUCUCUACAGUCGCAGAGAUAUGGCACCUAAACCAAGAGCGGCUUCAGCUGGUGGUGGCUAUCAGGAGCGUGAUAGAGGAUAUGGUGGGCGACCUGCUGAGGGUUACGGAAACUCGUACGCUGCGGCAUCUGGGGGAGCUACCGCAGCAAGAAGUGGCUACGAUUCCGCAUAUCCACCUCUACCACAGCAAAGAGGUUUUUUCCACAGGUUAUUUAAGCCUAAGUCACCGACUAAAUUAUUGAAGGUUUCCCUCAAAUUAAAUCGCACUUGCGCAGAUUUAGACGUCAACUGUGCCAAAUAUUGCGCAUGCGCACACGCUUUUAAGAAAUACGAAGAUCGACAGAGUGCCACGUUUCAUAAUUUUGCGUCUGUUAUGGGUAAACGAGAUUAA